UUUGCACCACCUCCAUUCACAUUUCUUCCCUCCUUCAGCUUCUCCCCUCAAAAUAUUUGAAUACAGUAUUUUUACAGCUUGCACAUCUGCACAUUUGCAUGUCCCAGCGCUGAUCAGCGCUUCCAGCUCCCCAUUCAUUGACCCCCCCCUGCAACGGUCUCGAACAACCCCGCACCGCCAAUAUCAACAUCCCGCUGCUGCAGCUUAUCAGCUACCUAGCCCCUCAAGCUUGCCUGCUGUCCUUGCACGGGCUCUCGAGUCCCUCAACCCUUCCAACCUCGUGGUUUAUGUCUUCUCAUCUUUUCAAGGCGGAGUACGAGGGCAAUUCGAUCCCGGCAAGCAAGAUGUCGAACACCACAAUGCCCAGGGAGCGCCGUCCGAGCACCGGUGCCCCCAUUGAUCUUCAGGGUCCGGUUGGCCCGGGCUUCACGAGACCCAAGCACAAGCGUACCUUUACUGGGUUUGGAGCUGGUGAGAUCAAGAGUGUUGAGGCUUCUAUCCCCGAACCCCAACGCGAGGCCUGGAAGAAAUUCGCUGCCAAAGGCUUUAGCACACAAGAAGACUUCGAGAGAGAAGUCGUUCGCCAUGUCGAAACUACACUUGCUCGUUCCAUGUUCAAUUGCGAUGAGACUGCUGCAUAUGCCGCCGCCAGUCUGGCAUUCCGGGAUCGUCUGAUCACAGAGUGGAAUCGGACACAGCAAAGACAGACUUUUGCUGAUGGCAAGAGAGUGUAUUAUCUGAGUUUGGAGUUCUUGAUGGGUAGAGCGUUGGACAAUGCCAUGUUGAAUGUGGGUUUGAAGGGAGUUGCUAAAGGCGGUCUUGCGGACCUGGGUUUCCGUAUUGAAGACAUUAUCAACCAAGAGCACGAUGCUGCCCUUGGAAAUGGUGGUCUCGGUCGAUUGGCUGCUUGUUUUCUGGACUCUUUGGCGUCUCUCAACUACCCAGCUUGGGGUUAUGGAUUGCGAUACCGUUAUGGUAUUUUCAAACAGGAAAUUGUGGAUGGGUACCAGGUUGAGGUUCCUGAUUACUGGCUUGACUUCAAUCCUUGGGAGUUUCCGAGACAUGACGUUGUUGUGGAUAUCCAAUUCUACGGCCAUGUCAGAAAAUACCAAGACACGCAGGGUAAACAAUGCAGCUCCUGGGAAGGUGGUGAGAUCGUCAAGGCUGUUGCUUAUGAUGUCCCAAUCCCUGGAUUCGACACUCCUGCUACCAACAAUCUGCGUCUCUGGUCUAGCAAAGCUGCCAGUGGCGAGUUCGACUUCCAGAAGUUCAAUAGCGGUGACUACGAGAGCUCCGUUGCAGAUCAACAACGUGCUGAGACCAUCAGCGCUGUCUUGUAUCCGAAUGACAAUCUCGAUCGUGGUAAGGAGCUUCGAUUGAAGCAACAAUACUUCUGGGUUGCUGCUUCACUCUACGAUAUUGUUCGUCGAUUCAAGAAGUCCAAGCGUGCAUGGAGCGAGUUCCCUGACCAGGUUGCAAUCCAAUUGAAUGAUACCCAUCCAACGCUCGCCGUUGUUGAGCUUCAACGCAUUCUUCUUGAUCUCGAAGGCCUUGAGUGGGAUGAGGCAUGGGCCAUUGUUUCCAAGACUUUCGGAUACACAAACCACACUGUUCUUCCCGAAGCACUUGAGAAGUGGUCUGUCCCAUUGUUCCAGAACUUGCUUCCAAGACAUCUCCAAAUUAUCUACGAGAUCAACUUGUACUUCCUGCAAAGUGUUGAGCGCAAGUUCCCCAAGGAUCGCGACAUCCUUGGUCGUGUUUCGAUCAUUGAAGAGUCUCAGCCAAAGAUGGUGCGCAUGGCUUACUUGGCUAUUGUUGGCUCUCACAAGGUCAAUGGUGUUGCCGAGCUUCAUUCUGAUCUGAUAAAGACUACCAUUUUCAAGGACUUUGUCAAGAUCUUCGGACCUGACAAGUUCACGAACGUCACCAAUGGAAUUACUCCAAGACGUUGGUUGCACCAGGCCAAUCCCAGAUUGUCAGAGCUUAUUGCAAGUAAAACUGGUGGUCUUGGAUUCUUGAAGGACCUCAAUAUUCUCAAUGACCUUGAGAAGUAUGCUGAUGACAAGGAGUUCAAGAAGGAGUGGGCGGAAAUCAAGUACGCCAACAAGGUUCGACUUGCCAAGCACAUCAAGAGCACGACCAGCGUUACUGUCAAUCCCUCCGCGCUUUUCGACAUCCAGGUGAAGCGUAUACAUGAGUAUAAGCGCCAACAAAUGAACAUCUUUGGAGUCAUCCAUCGAUACUUGACUAUCAAGGCUAUGACUCCUGAGGAGCGAAAGAAGCUUGCUCCCAGAGUCUCCAUCUUCGGCGGAAAGGCUGCGCCUGGAUACUGGAUGGCCAAGACCAUCAUCCAUCUCAUCAACAAUGUUGGUUCCGUUGUCAAUAAGGAUCCAGAUGUUGGUGACCUCUUGAAGGUUAUCUUCUUGGAGGAUUACAAUGUUUCCAAGGCUGAGAUCAUCAUUCCUGCCAGUGAUAUCAGUGAACACAUCUCGACUGCUGGAACUGAGGCAAGUGGAACUUCGAACAUGAAGUUUGUGUUGAAUGGUGGUUUGAUCAUCGGUACUUGUGACGGUGCAAAUAUUGAAAUCACCCGCGAAAUCGGCGAGAACAACAUCUUCCUCUUUGGUAAUCUCGCUGAAGACGUCGAAGACCUCCGCCACGCACACACCUACGGUUCUCACACACUCGACCCCGAUCUCACCAAAGUCUUUGAGGAAAUCAAGAAAGGCACUUUCGGUGACGCAGGUGCUUUCUCUGCUCUCGUCGGUGCCAUCGAAGAGCAUGGUGAUUACUACCUCGUCUCGGACGACUUCCAUAGCUACAACCAAACACAAGCACUGGUUGACGAGGCGUACAAGAACCAGGAUGAGUGGGUCAGCAAGUGUAUCACCAGUGUGUCGAGAAUGGGGUUCUUCAGCAGUGAUCGAUGUAUUAACGAGUAUGCGGAGAGCAUAUGGAAUGUGGAGCCGCUGGCCCCGGAGAAGGGAGACACAAGUGGAUUGCAGAAGGGAGAGUUAUAAGCUGGUAACAAAGAGACAUAGUGAGGUCAGGACAGUGCUCGAAGAAAGGAUAUGGCUGUGAGAAAGAAAGCUUGUUGAAGGAAGGAGAUUGCGGAAUAGACAGAAUGGGUUACGGCAACGAGCAAUACAUGUUAUAAGACAACGCGAAUUCUUUCCUUCCGUAUAUGCACCUCUUACUGCUUCGUUCUGAAAUCCUUUAUUUGUAUAAGGUGUUUGUUAGUAUGUAAUAAGGCAAUCGAAUUAAUAAGGU